AUGCCUCCAGGCGACCUCUAUGAGAGCUGCUAAGGCUGCUGGGCUUAUGAGGUAGGUGGGACCAUUACAGUAAUCGGGUAGGUAUCGCUCAUGAUACGAUGAUUCAGGAAUGUACCACAAGCUAUCAACGUCUCGAAUAGGUUGGACCUUUUUGUGAAUAUGGCACAGCAUAUAUUUCUCGUGAGGUUGCUUAAGAAGGGGAAUCACCUUGUCAAGGUGAAGCACGACGUCAGAAUCGACUUUAAGCACAAACUUUUCUGGGUAGUUGGCAACAAUCCAACGAUAUGCAGCAAAUAUCUAAAUAGGGGACCAUCAGUAGAUCUAUGUAUAUAG